GGAGCGCUGUGAGACUGCAGUUUGUGAUUAGUGGAGUUCUCUAACCAGUGGAAGAGAAACAGCAAUGGAGAUGCCCAAGUGUCAAGAAAUGGGAAAUGGUAUCAGCAGCCAUACAUCUGUUCUGCCAGCCCCUCAGUCAGCAUAUCAGCAAUUAGCAAAGCAUAUGAAAGAUGUGUCUGGUGAUCGAGGGGUUCUGAAGGAAGUAAUCCGAUCUGGACAUGGAGAGAACGUACCCUGCAAUUCUACAGUCAUUGUGAAGUACUCUGGUUAUCUUGAACAUGCUGACAAACCUUUUGACACUAACUGUUUUCACCGCCACCUGAAGCUGAUGAAGUUGGGUGAAGAUAUCACUCUUGCUGGUAUGGAGAUUGCUUUACUCACAAUGCAGAGGGGAGAAUUGUCACGAUUCCUCUUCUCACCAAGCUAUGCAUAUGGCAAGAUGGGUUGUCCUCCACUUAUCCCGCGCUUAUCCACUGUCCUAUUUGAAAUGGAACUGCUGGACUUCUUAGACACUGCUCAAUCGGAUCAUUUUUGUAACCUUACAAAGGCGCAGCAGGCCACGUUUCCUCUUGACACUGUUCUCAGGAUUGCAAGCACAGAAAGGGAGUUUGGAAAUUACCUUUUCAAGAGAAACAGGUUUUAUGAUGCUAAAGAUAGAUAUAAAAGGGCUUCAUCUGUUCUGUCUCGUCAAACAUCAUCUGAUGAGGAAUUAAAGCAAUUGGAUGCCGCUCGCCUCCUAGUGGCCUUGAAUUUAUCACUCACGUACCUGAGGCUGGAUCAUCCUUCUCGAGCUCUGACGUGGGGGCAGAAGGCCCUUACCAUAGAUAACAAAAACCCUAAAGCACUCUUCCGCUGUGGCCGGGCCUGUUUGGAACUGAGAGAGUACGAGGCCUCGCGUGAUUUCCUGGUUAAAGUUCAGAAGCUGGAACCGUUUAAUCUGGAAAUAAACAGUGAGCUGAAAAGGCUGGAAAGUUGUUAUCAGGAAUACAUGGACAAGCAAAGAGACAUGUGCUGCCGUAUGUUUCUCUCUACAGCCAGAAGACAUUAAUGAUCCACCAUUGGUCCUAACAUUUCAAGAAACACAUUUUGUGACUUAUGGUAGAAGUAUCUUGGCCCAACUUCAUAAAGAUAUGAAACAAUAAUCCUUAAAAUAAAAUGAUUUUGUCUUCCAACAGCUCAUCACACAUUUUUUUCAGUUUACUAUACAUUCUUACAUAAACAUUAUAGGUGAUAGUUUCUCAAUGUUUGAUUUUACAUCAGAGCCGUAGAACCACAUAAUAGCUGAAAAUCCAAGGCUUUCUGUGUCUUCCAAGACGUAAUUGAAAUUUGUGUGGUAUUCUUGUCAAAGUAAUGAUUGUUUUUUUUUUUUAUUUACGUUUAAUGUUUGUGUCCAGUUGUCCAAUACCUUGAAAUCUUAAUGUGAUAAGUUUCUGUUUCUUUGGUUGUAGAGACUGGAAAGUUUUCAACAGUUUGUCGGUUUCUGAUCUUACAAAUAAAAAAUUAAACCACCA